ACCCCGCCCCCACCAUCCCAAAUCCCUCCCCCAAUACAUUGCUCCUCCUCCUCCUCCUCCAAUCCGGCUCUUCUGUUCCAGGACUGGGGGGUGUGAGCCCCCUCCCUAACUGCCUGCUUCUCCCGGAAGUGGAGCUUCCACUCCGGAUUGCUGCUCUGACAGUAGCUCUAGGGGCGCGCGCGUUCUCAAAGGGGAGGAGGGGCGACAGGUAAAUCCUCCCCACCCACGUGGAUGUUGCAGGAAAGGAAAGGAGGAUCGGGAGCGAGCACAAAGAGGUAAUGUCAGAGUGACUGACAAGCUGAGAUACAACCCAUCAUCAUCCGAUGACAGCGACUGCCUGAAUCUUCCCAGUCAAAGGACCCAUUUUCAAGAUAGACAGUGCCUGGGGCUGGAGGCUCUACACACCGGGUGUGCCUGUGCAGGCCAAAGACUGCCAGUAUUAGCACAGGUGAGGACUUCCUCUCUGCCCACUCUGAAGAAGGUGUUACAGAAGAAUGUCAGAAUUCCAGGGGACGGGAAUAGACAUUGAAAUGUGAGAAAUGUGGAAUAUGCUUCACUGAAUGAGCACACAUAGCUCACAUCAACAAACUCACAGGAGAGAAACCUUUUAAAGAUUUGAAGUGUGGAAAGGGUUUCACUGAUAGUGAAAAACCUAGAACACACCAGCAGACUCACAUGGGUAAGAAAGGAUUCCAAUGCAGGGAGUGUGGGAAGAGCUUCAGUCAGAAUGGAGACCUUAAAUUACACCAAAGGACUCACACAGGGGAGAAACCAUAUGAAUGUAUGGAGUGUGGAAAGAGCUUCAGUUCCAAUGCAACCCUUAGAUCACAUCAACGGACUCACACAGGGGAGAAACCAUAUGAAUGUAUGGAGUGUGGAAAGACCUUCAGUCAGAUUGGAACCCUUAGAAUACAUCAACGUACACAUACAGGAGAGAAACCGUUUAAAUGCAUGGCUUGUGGAAAGAGCUUUAGUGCUAGUGGAACCCUUAGAAUACAUCAACGGACGCAUACAGGGGAGAAACCAUUUAAAUGCAUGGCUUGUGGAAAGAGCUUUAGUGAUGGUGGAACCCUUAGAAAACAUCAACAUAUUCACACAGGAGAGAAACCGUUUAAAUGUAUGGAGUGUGGAAAGAGCUUCAGUUUCAGUUCAAACCUUAGAAAACAUCAACUGACUCACACAGGGGAGAAACCAUUUAAAUGCAUGGAGUGUGGAAAGAGCUUUAGUCAAAAUGCGCACCUAACUUUACACCAUCAAACUCACACAGGUGAGAAACCAUUUAGAUGUAUGGAGUGUGGAAAGACCUUCAUUCAGAUUGGAAACCUUAGAAUACAUCAACGGACUCAUACAGGGGAGAAACCAUAUACGUGUAUGGAGUGUGGAAAGAGCUUCAGUCACGAUGCAGGCCUUAGAUCACAUCAACGGACUCACACAGGAGAGAAACCAUUUAAAUGUAUGGAGUGUGGAAAGAGCUUUAGUUACGAUGCAGGCCUUAGACAACAUCAACGGACUCACACAGGGCAGAAACCAUAUAAAUGUAUCGAGUGUGGAAAGAACUUCAGUCAGAGUGCACACCUUAGACAACAUCAACGGACUCACACAGGAGAGAAACCUUUUAAAUGUAUGGAGUGUGGAAAGAGCUUCAGUUAUAGUGGAAACCUGAGAGUACAUCAACAGACUCACAUCGGUAAGAAACGAUUUAAAUGUAUGGAGUCUGGAAAGAGCUUUAGUGAUAAUAGAAAUCUUAGAAAACAUCAGCAGACACACAGGGGAGAAACCAUUUAAAGGUAUGGACUGUAGAAGAGCUUCAGUCAGAGUGGAACCUUUGAUUUAUGUCAACAAACUCACACAAAGGACGAACCAUAUAAAUGUCAGGAAAGUAGACAGAGGUUCAGUCCUAGGGGAAUCCUACAUCUACAGACUCAUGGACAGGAAGAAGUUUAACAGUUGACACCCUCCAAACCCAUCAACCCUCAAAGAGGAGAAGCUGUUUAAAGGGAAAGAUUGCAGAAAGUGCUUUAGUUAUAAUGGAGUGUUUAAGGAACAUCCAAGAGCCAGUGUGGUGUAGUGGUUAAGAGUGGUAGAUUCGUAAUCUGGGGAACUGUGUUUGCGUCUCCGCUCCUCCACAUGCAGCUGCUGGGUGACCUUGGGGCAGUCACACUUCUUUGAAUUCUCUCAGCACCACUCACCUCACAGAGGAAGGGAAAGGAGAAUGUUAGCCGCUUUGAGACUCCUUCUGGUAGUGAUAAAGCGGGAUAUCAAAUCCAAACUCCUCUUCUUCUCAGAGGGGAGAACCCAUUUAGAUAUAUGGAGUGAGGAACGUGUUCCUUUCAGAGUUUACUCUUCUUCACAGCAAUGAACUCAGCAGAAAAUCCAUCUUAAAAGCAUGUCAUGUAUUUGAGGUUCUGCUGUUUAUAUGUAAAACUGUAUAGUAAUGAAAUAAUGAAGGUACCAUC